UCUCGAAAUAUGGCCGUUAGUAAUGUUUGUACUGAAAGUUUGUGUUAUUAUUUAAUUUCAGUAAAAAUUGUGUGUACCAAGAGUUACUUUUAUGGAAUCCAGGUGGUCUGCUAAUGGCCUAUCAUUUUACAGACAAUGUCUAUACCAAAUCAUUUACGCCGCGGGAAUAUCAAGUGGAGCUGCUGGAUGCCGCAAAGGAACGUAAUAUCAUUGUAUGUCUUGGUACGGGUUCCAGUAAAAUCUUCAUAGCUACUAAGCUGAUUCAAGAGUUGGCCAAUGCUGUACGCAGGCCAUUCCAUCAUGGUGGGAAACGAAGUUUGUACUUGGUGGACACAGUGGCUAUGGUGGCGCAGCAGGCAUCGUACAUUCGCCAUUUGACAGAUCUCUGUGUUGGGGAAUAUGCUUCUAGUGAUACCGUUGACAUGUUCGAUAUUGACAGUUGGCUGCAGGAGUUGGAAGAAAAUCAGGUUUUGGUGAUGACAAGCCAGAUAUGCUUGGAGAUGAUGAGGUGUGGGUUUAUUCAUGUGAACUACCUCAAUUUGAUUAUAUUGGACGAGUGUCAUAGAGCUCUUCGAGACCAUCCCAUGAGACAGGUUAUGAAAGAGUUUGUGUCAUGUUGCAAGCAGACCCGAAUCCUGGGCCUGACAACUCCUCUGUUGAAGAGCACGUGCGACCCAGGUCGACUGGAAGGCGAGAUCAGGCGGCUGGAGAUGGUGUUGCACAGUACAGCUGAGACAGCAAGUGACAUUGUGUCUGUCCUCAGGUAUUGCACAAAACCGAAGGAGUUAUUAGUUGAAUGCAGUCUGCCCACACCAGGGCCUUUGGAUGAGAUCUUGGAAUGCCAGAUCAGAUCUGCAGUAGCGUUCUUAACUGAUCACCGUUAUGACCCGUCAGAAGUGUAUGAAGAUGAAUUUCAGGAAGAGCUCAAGGGCAUACCAGACCCCAAGAGUGACCCACAUAAAAUUUUCAGUGACUUUCUACAUGUACUUCACACAUUAGGUCCUUGGUGUGCUGAUCGGGCAGCCUUGGUUUUGCUGAUCCAGCUUGAGAAGCUCAAAGUGAAAACACCAUAUGAACGUCACUUCCUGCUUCUGUGUGUUGUGUCUACAGUUAUGGUAAAAAUCAGGGCAAUUUGUGAUGACUACUUCCAACAAUAUGAUGAAAAGGAUAGAAUCUACAGAUUCUCAUCCCCCAAAGUUUUACGACUCCUGGAUAUCCUGCGCCAGUUCAAGCCAGAGAAGUCUCCCAACGACAGGCAAGAAGAACGUGAAUCAGAUUCACUGCCUGAGGUUGAAGGCACAGAAAUGAGUAAGUGCGUGAGUGGAGGUGUGGCUCCAGUGGAAGGUGGACAUGAUACCAAAGUACAGUCAACCAAAGAGAAUGAAACUGUGUUGUGUGAGAACGGAAACCAAAACAGUUCAAUACUGAAUGCAUGCAAGAACAGCAGUUCUGAGGAAGCGGUCUGUUGUGGUUGUGAGAAGCAGAGGGAACGUACCAGUGAUAUGGGGUGUGUACAACAACAAGACGCAGAAAGUGUUCCUAGCAAUGUCAAACAGUUAGAAGUGUUGCGUGAGCAGCAAGGACGUCUCAGUUGUGAGGGAGACUGUCAGGUGCUUACUUGUAAUAACAUUGGAGUUUUGACUGUGGAUUGUGUUGCAAGCAAAUUGUGUUCUGAUUCAGCAAAUAAGGUUCACAUUGCCCAGCUUGUGACAUCGCUUGAAAAGUGUACUAAUUGCAAAAGAGAAUUAAGUGAUGUGAAGAGUACAAGUAUUCCAUUGGUGUGCAAAGUAUUGGACUCCAACAAAAAUGGUAAAAUAUCUGUGAUAGAUCCUUCAUUUGCAAACUGUAACAGUAAUAAUGGCUGUGAUAAAGUUGGAAACGAAAUUAGCAAAGAGCACUCAGUGAAGAGUGCUGAAGUGAGGAGUAUGCCCAUUACACCUUCAAAGAAUCGUACAGAUCUUUAUUCACGGAACAGGGGUUCUAGGUUCUCACGGAGAGGUCACCAGAAGGAAGAUGGAGGCGGAUGUCUACGAGGAGCCAGAAAUGAUACGACCGGGCGUCAGUGCCGGAAUGUGCAGCAGGAUGAUUUGGAUGCCCUGUGUGGGAUUCUUUUUGUGGAGCGGCGGUUUACAGCAAAAAUUUUAUACCAUUUGUUGAAUGAUAUAAGACGAUUUGAUGAUGACUUCUCAUUCAUCAUGGCCCAGUAUACUGUCGACAAAGUUUCUGAUCCCUUGACGGAUCCGCGUGAAGCAGAAGCCGAACAUCGUAAGCAGGAAGAAGUACUCAAGAGGUUUCGCAUGAGAGAAUGUAACCUGUUGGUGGGGACAUCAGUUCUGGAGGAAGGAAUUGACAUUCCGAAGUGCAAUCUCGUUAUUCACUUCGAUGUGCCGCAAGUGUACCGAUCCUACGUGCAGUCUAAGGGUCGUGCUCGAGCCCAGGACGCAUAUUAUAUCCUGAUGAUAGAAGAGGAUAGAACAGAGUGCUUUGUGAACCAGUUGGCACAGUACUUUGAAAUUGAACAGAUGCUGCUGAGGAAAUGUGCAAACCGUGAACCAUCAGAAGAAGAGGAGUUGGAAGCAGAUAAGUAUACGGCUCUUGUAGAGGCGUACUGCCCUGGUGACAGCCCACACAGCCCCUCAGUGAACAUGUCAACAGCUGUGGCCCUCGUCAACAGAUAUUGUGCCAAGCUCCCAAGUGACACAUUCACACGCCUCACACCGUUAUGGUCUGUCACAGUCAUCCCUGAUAAUGGGCAGAUGGCGUAUGUUUGUACUGUCCGGCUGCCUAUCAAUUCUCCUGUCAAACAGGACAUUGAGGGCCGACCCAUGCCGAGCAGAGUUCUGGCCAGAAGGAUUGCAGCACUGGACACAUGCAGAGUGCUGCAUCAAGCACAGGAGCUGGAUGACAAUCUGGUCCCCGUUGGCAAGGAAAGCUUCCGUGUCCGUGACGAGGAGGAAGCAACACUGGCCCUAGAGGAGCAGGAUGAGGCGAUCCCAAGGGACUCCUCUGAGCCACGGCCUGGCACAACCAAGAGAAGACAGUACUACUAUAAACGGAUUGCAGAUGUGCUAACAGAUUGUCGACCAAUCCCAGGACAGCCUGCAUACUUGUACCAUAUCAGCAUGGUGCUUACCUGUCCUCUUCCUGAAGAACAGAAUACAAGAGGCAGAAAAAUUUAUCCUCCUGAGGACUCACCCCAAGGCUUUGGAAUCCUUACACUCAAGCAAAUUCCUAAGAUAUGCCCCUUUCCAAUCUUCACCCGUUCAGGCGAAGUGAGUGUGAGGCUAGAAUUGUCGGGAUCAGCCGUGGUUCUCACACCUGAUAAGCUGGAGAAGAUUGUCACGUUCCUCAACUACACCUUUACCAGUGUUCUGAGACUGCAAAAGUAUCUCAUGAUGUUCGAUCCACAGGCAUCGGAGAACUCGUACUUCAUAGUGCCAACCAGAAAACUUAAAGGGAGUGUAGCAGAAGUGGACUGGGGUUUUCUUGAUUGCAUAUAUGAAAAUCGAGACCUACGACCUCGCCCAGUACCAGAAGAAGAAAGGGUAAACUUCACAUUUGAGGCAGCAAAGUAUCAUGACGCCGUUAUCAUGCCUUGGUACCGGAACCAGGAUCGGCCACAGUACUUCUAUGUUGCUGAAAUCUGCGGACACUUGAACCCAAAAUCCUCAUUCCCUGGCUCUGAGUAUAAAACAUUUGACGAAUAUUACUUGAAGAAGUACAGCAUUCAUAUCCAGAGCAGCACGCAGCCACUGCUGGACGUGGAUCACACUUCAGCCAGGCUCAACUUCCUGACGCCGAGGUACGUCAAUCGCAAGGGUGUGGCUCUCCCAACGAGCAGUGAGGAGACGAAGCGUGCAAAGCGUGAGAACUUAGAGCAGAAGCAGAUUCUGGUACCAGAGCUGUGCACACUUCACCCAUUUCCUGCUUCACUGUGGCGCAAGGCUGUGUGUCUGCCAUGCAUUUUGUACCGCAUAAAUGCACUGCUCCUGGCAGAUCAGAUUCGGCGAGAAGUUGCCCUUAGUAUCGCCCUCGGGCAUGAGGACGUCAGCCCAAGUUUUGAGUGGCCUCCUUUGGAUUUUGGGUACAGUCUGGCGGAUGUUCUUAGGAAGUCCAAAGAGAAUGCUAAGAAUGCUGAGCAGAAUAAAGAUAAAAAGCCAAAUGAAGAUAAGAAAGGGGCAGAUAAGAGACCAGAACUUGACUGCAUUGAAGAGAAAAAGGAGGAGGAAGCAGCAAACUUAAAGGAGAAGUCCGUUAAUGAAAUUUUGACAGAGGAAGAAAGGAAACUUUGUGGUGAUUGGAUGGAAAUUGGAACCUGGUCCAAUGACAUGGCCAAUCAUGAUCCUGCGAUGUUUUCAGAGCUAUCGGAUGCAGACGACUUUGACAUGAAUGUAGCGCUACCAUCGAAUCUCACAAUGGUGGAUGGGGAUGCAGAGCUGGCAGGUCUCCAUUCUGGCGGAAGUGACUGGGGGACUGGCAUCCAAGCCCGCAAAGGUCGUGAGCGUGUCCGUUAUGGCUCCCCAAGCAGUUGGAUGGGUAGUGGAGGGUACUUUGGUGGACUGGAACGGGAUUUGGAAGGUUUUGAAACAGAUGACUCAAGCAGUGAGCCUGGCAGUGAGUACGAUCAGUCUGACAGCAGUGACCUUCAGGGUACCUCAGGACUUCGUAUUGAAUUCAAAAGUGAAAAUGUGGCGGAGGCAAUUGAAGACGAGUGUGAGGUCCAAAAGCGUGAGAGAAGACAUGCCAUCAUUCUACAAAAUUCAGACACACCUGGGACUGAAGAUGAGAUUCCGUGGGACUGGGAGAAAGACAGUGAUCAGAACGUUGAUAAACCGACAGAAAAGUUUGUUGCCCAGUUCCGGAAGGCCACAGAAAAGAACUGCCAGUUUAUUGAAAAUAGUGGGACGCUUGUGAAGAGUAAGCAACCAGUAGUGAUAAUCAGAAAAGGCAGCCAGCAACUUCCUCAGAAUCAAAAUGUGCCAAAUAUUACAUCCACUAUCAAAUCUGAAUCUAAUUAUUCCACACUGAAGAAUGAACUUUCGUCACAGGAACUAGAAGUGCCAUUCAGUCAGCAUAUUAAACUGCAAAGCACUGCACUAAACUUUGCUCCCCUACCCUCACAGGAUAGACAGGAGAAUAAUGAUAGUGGUCUGUCAGUUGAUGGGAGUUCUGAAGAAUUUGAAUCUGAUGUAGCAGACACAGUGUAUAAUGGACUGUUUGAUGCCGAUGAUAUUUGCAGUGAGGCUGAUACUGAUGAAGACAUCAUUAGUAAAUUCAGUUUCGAUGCCCAGCCAGACUUGCAGGGACAUCAAGGGCCAAGUCCGAGCGUAAUUCUCCAGGCACUCACAAUGUCAAAUGCCAAUGAUGGCAUCAAUCUUGAACGUCUUGAGACCAUUGGAGACUCGUUUCUCAAGUACGCCAUCACUACAUAUCUGUACUGCAUGUACGAUAACAUUCAUGAGGGAAAACUGAGCCACCUCCGUUCAAAACAGGUUAGCAACUUGAACCUGUAUCGACUGGGCCGCCGGAAGGGGUUUGGUGAAAGUAUGAUAGCCACAAAAUUUGAGCCUCAUGACAAUUGGCUGCCACCUUGUUACUAUGUACCUCGAGAGUUGGAACAAGCCUUGAUUGAAGCAGGAGUUCCUGCCAGCCACUGGAAUCAGGCUGACUUGCCAGCUCUAAGGGACCUGUCACGUGACGAGAUCUGUAAACUGGUGCAUGAACGAAGUGAAAAACUGUGCAAGAUGAGCACGGGAGAAGAUGGCAAUACUGAGGACUUCCUAACAACAGCUGGUCCAUGCACCAACAUAGAGAAUCUUCCUUGUUUCAUCCCUUAUAAUCUUAUCACGCAGCACAGCAUUCCUGAUAAAAGUAUUGCUGACUGUGUUGAGGCACUGAUAGGGGCAUACCUCAUAGCUUGUGGUCCUCGUGGGGCUCUGCUCUUCAUGGCCUGGUUAGGAAUCUGUGUCCUACCAAAGGAGGAAGCCAUAUUUACAGUUUCGCCUUCUGAUGAUAUCAAGGGAUCAAGGUCGGUGGGAAGUCUGAUGCCAGAAUUGGUCGACGGGAAUGAAAACCCUGCAGCUUUGGCGAUAGGGGAUGGAACCUGUGCACCUCUAGUCAAGUGGAGACAGGUACGAUACGGGACACUGAGGGUGCCCCGAUCUCCCCUGUUAAGGAAUGUAAGUAACCCAGAGGCUGAGCUGAACCGGUUGUUGGAUGGCUACCACGUGUUCGAGCAGCGUAUUGGUUACAAGUUCAGGGACCGGAGCUACUUGCUGCAGUCUCUCACGCAUGCGUCGUACUCACCCAACAGACUCACCGACUGCUAUCAACGACUGGAAUUCCUGGGCGAUGCUGUGCUAGAUUACCUCAUUACACGCCAUCUGUAUGAAGAUUCACGUCAACACUCCCCAGGCGCCCUCACUGAUCUUCGUUCAGCUCUGGUCAACAAUACUAUAUUUGCUUCCCUUGCUGUUCGGUAUGGUUUCCAUAAAUAUUUUCGACAUUUGUCACCUGGACUAAAUGAAGUCGUCGAUCGUUUUGUCCGAAUACAAGAAGAAAAUGGCCACACUAUCAGUGAAGAGUAUUACCUUAUCGAGGAGGAGGAAUGCGAGGAAGCCGAGGAUGUGGAAGUGCCAAAGGCGCUCGGUGACGUGUUUGAGUCGGUUGCCGGUGCCAUAUUUCUGGACAGUGGAAUGUCACUUGACGCUGUCUGGAGAGUAUACUACCGGAUGAUGAAGACAGAAAUAGAGCAAUUCAGUACGAACGUACCGAAAUCUCCUAUCCGUGAGUUGCUUGAACUGGAACCCGAGACAGCAAAAUUUGGGAAACCAGAGAAGUUGGCCGAUGGUCGGCGUGUGCGUGUAACAGUGGAGGUGUUUGGUAAAGGCACUUUCAAAGGGAUUGGACGCAAUUACCGCAUUGCUAAGUGCACGGCUGCGAAGUGUGCCCUGAAGCAGCUCAAGAAGAAGGGGCUUCUCUCCAGAAAACUGUAACGUCGCUGUAGCACUAUGUAAGUAGAACACAAAGCUAUGGAGUAGAGACCCCCUUGAGGUCUCUGUUCUAGUCAAGGAAUUUCUUCUCAUCAUUUGUCGAAGACUCGGAAACAAGCAACAAGGACAUUUGUUUUAGUUGUCAGGUAGGGCCAGUGCAAUAAUUUUGUUUUGUGAUGUCUGUGGUAUGUGGAAGCCUUUGGAAGUGAAAUUCUGAAAUGUUUCAUUACGAUAAUGUGAAAUGUAUGUUUUGCGUCAGGUAUUGGGUUUCAGAAAAGGUGCUUGUUGGUGAUCUUUAUAAUAAUUUUAAUUAAAAUAAUCGUUUUGGAAUCAACUUCUGCGCAUGAGUUCACACUUGUGCCACACAGAUUUAGGCCUGUACUUGCUUUUACUGUAUCUUGUUUAUUUUUAUUGUAUUUUUUGACAAUGUGGUAAGACUGGAUACAGAAUUAACUGGCAAGAGACAGUUUAUUCUGAGAUAUGGAGUCGUGGUUGACAAUAUGGAAUGUCUUUUGAGGAUGUUUUAUAAAUGGACCACAAAAGUUAUCAUGAAGGAAUUAGGUGAUGUGUUACAAUUUGUACUCCUGUAAUUCCCACCAAACCAUUUUAUUCUUCUUCAUUUGUUUGUAUGAAUUUUUUACAUUUAUUUUUGUGUUACUUUCAAGAUCAUUUCACUCAAGGUGUACUGAACCUUAUACAAAAUGUGUUGUAUUGGUGGUUGUUUUUUGUAGUGUGAUGAAGCAAGGUCAUUUGUAAUCUCUCCAGUAGGUGGUCAGCUGUAAAUAGGAAGCAGGGCCCAUUUUUAUGAUCACCACAGGAUCUCAAUUCAGAUGCACUGUUUUCCAAAUAUAGCACUUCUGGAUAGUGUCUAUUAAAAUAUUUUGUUCAAAUAAGUAGGUUAUUUCAUCUAUUCAGGACAGAAUUUCAACCUUUAAUGUUAUUCAUUAGGAAUAUGUGAGAAUCACUUUUUCAGUUUGAGGUGAGGUUGAGACAGGAAUUUUAAAAAAUUCCAGAAUCAAAAUGAGGAUGAGAAUUUCUUUACUAGACCAGCUUUUUUUCUUUCUUCACAAUUUAUAUAACAGUGGCCACUCUUUCUCUGUGCACUACCUAUCCCUUAUGAUAUCAGAUCAUUUUUGAAUAAACAAUUUUCAUAAAUCAUUAUGAAAGUUCAAACAAAAAGUAUUUAUCUCAUGGUAUUUUAAGUUCAGUGUUGAGUUGAGGAACACAAUGGUAAUGGAAUCCAGUAUUAAAAUUUGUCUUUUUAACACUUCGCGGACUGGUGAUUUAAAUAUUUAAAUCACCCUGGGUACCGGCAUUU